AGUAACAAUGUCCCUAGCUAGUCAGUCUGGAGUCACAUUUUGGAUCUGAAAUCAGGGGAUUCCUAGAAGUGGGAAAGAAGCUAAGGCAAUGCUGGGAUUCAUGUGCUUGGAAACUUGGACAUUGAACUCCACAGCAGGUCUUGCGCAGGCAAGUAGCACACAGUGAACCUGAAGCAGUUCCCCCCUGAAACAGGGGAAGAAAUCAAUUUCAUAAGAUUGUCCUAAUGCAGGCAGCAGCAAGUGGGGAAAAGGCAAAACUAGAGUUUUUCCCUCUUCCCUCUGUGCUUAUUGUGCAAGACAGAACAGAUACUGGAAAAAGCAAAAAUCUGAACACAGUAUUUGGCGUGCCAUAUUUAGUUGCUGUUCUCAACUGUCUUCAUUAUUAUUGCAGUGGCAUACUCCAAAACAUGCCUUUGGUUUGUGCUCCUUCAAAGAAGGACACUUUGUAAAACAGCAACAAUUUAGUGUGCCACAACUUCCCUUCAAAUCUGCAGUUACCACUGGUAAUGCUGACAGACAAUGAAUUAAUCAGUAAUGAAAAAAAGGUUUGCUGUCAGAUAGGAAAACAUUUCAAGUCUCAUUCAGAUUUGCCAGGUGAUUAUUUUUUUGGUGGUGGUAUCAUGAGGGUUUAUUUUUUAAAAGAUUGGCGGGAAAGAGAAUAGACUUAGAAAUAAGAGGAGGCAUUACAGAUACCAGGUAAAGAAUUCAAAUUGUCUCUGAUAAAUAAGGGAAGUAGUUCUACAUAAACAAGUCAAAAUAUCAUAAAAAUGCGGACAAGGUUUUCUUCACAAAGAGAAAUAUAGUGGCAUUAAAAAAUAAUUAAAAAUAAAUUACACUCUGUUCUUCCUUUAAAGAAAAAAAGUAGCAAACAAUCUGGCACAUCCUAGCAGACAAAAAGAUUCUAAAGUAAAGGAGGCACAUAGAGAUGUUAUGUACAUUUGUGUAUUUAUAUAGAUUUUUGUUCUUUUUAAAUUCAGCUUGUUUUGAUGAGACCUCUGACAAUCCUGACUACAGAAAGUCUGACAUGCAAACAGACUGAAGUGCACAGUGAAUUGAGAAGCCUGAUAAGGGCUGAGUAAAAUGAUCUAUGACAAAAGACUGAAUUAGUUAGGCUUGUCUAUCUAGUAGAAAAAAAACUAAGGGCAAAAUGUUGAACAUUUCAGAUAUAUCUUUUUAUCCAAAUAUUAUUGCUGAGGAUAUUAUUCCAGAUGUCAAUGUUUCUUUGUUUUGUGAGAGCACUCAGUCAUGACUUUCCACAUCACCUAUGUUGGUUUCCAGAGAUAUUGAUGAAUACUUGGUUCUCCAAAUCCAACAAAGGACAAAAGAAAAUCAACAUAACUGACUAAGAUAUUAGGGAAUGUUCAGAAGAAUUUUCUUACUCUUCAGGGAAAGAAUUGCUUGGCUACCAAAAAAAGCCAACUCCUUUCUCUUUCACCAGGACUUUGAUGAAGUUGGAUGAACAGCUAUAAGGGAUGGCUGAGUUUACUUCAGCUGGCCUCUAUGUAAGUGAUUUGACUAGGGAUCUGCUGAAGUUUUCUCCAGCCCUACAUUUAAACAGCUAAGGAAUGAAGAAGUCAGUUUAAAGGGUUUCCAUUACUUUUAAAAGCUUCUUCACUUAACAGUGUUAUGCAAAGCCUGUUCCCUCCUGGACUUCUCUCUUUACUGAUGAUGGUCUUGCUGUACUCAUCUUUAUAACAGAAAAGAUAAAGGAUGGAGCCUCGGGACGCGCCGCCAGGUUACCCGCGCGCGGCGCCCCGCGCAUGCGCCGUGCCUGCGGUGACCGAGAGGGGCGGGGCGGGGCGCGCCCCGGCGGCGCCUCAGGAGGGAGCGAGGUCUGUGCGCGUGCGCCGCGGGGCUGCCGGGGAUCCUGCGCGUGCGCGUUGGGGCCGGCGGCGGGCGCGCGGAGGAGCGCGGUGUGUGGGGGCUCUGGGAAGGCCGCUCGUGUGUCCGUCAGUCCGUCCGGGAGUGUACGGUCCCGCCGGCUCCGGCCCUCAGCCUUCCCUCCCGGGGGAGGCCUGCAGCCCGCUGCCGCCUCGGCACAGGGGGAGGGACGCGAGGAGCCGCCAGGAUGAAGCUGGUGAGGAAGGACCUGGAGAAGGAUAAUGCGGGGCAGGUGACGCUGAUCCCCGAGGAGCCUGAGGACAUGUGGCACACCUACAACCUGCUGCAGGUGGGUGACAGCCUGCGCGCCUCCACCAUCCGCAAGGUUCAGACCGAGUCGUCCACGGGCAGCGUGGGCAGCAACCGCAUCCGCACCACCCUCACCCUGUGCGUGGAGAGCAUCGACUUCGACUCGCAGGCCUGCCAGCUGCGGGUCAAGGGCACGAACAUCCAAGAGAACGAGUAUGUGAAGAUGGGCGCCUACCACACCAUCGAGCUGGAGCCCAACCGUCAGUUCACCCUGGCGAAGAAGCAGUGGGACAGCGUGGUGCUGGAGCGCAUCGAGCAGGCCUGCGACCCGGCCUGGAGCGCCGAUGUGGCGGCCGUGGUCAUGCAGGAGGGGUUGGCUCACGUCUGCCUGGUCACCCCGAGCAUGACGCUUACUCGUGCCAAGGUGGAGGUGAACAUCCCCCGCAAGCGGAAAGGGAACUGCAGUCAGCACGACCGGGCGCUGGAGAGGUUUUAUGAGCAGGUGGUGCAAGCCAUCCAGAGGCAUAUCAACUUUGAGGUGGUGAAGUGUGUACUGGUGGCUAGCCCAGGCUUCGUGCGGGAGCAGUUCUGUGACUACAUGUUCCAGCAGGCAGUCAAGACUGACAACAAACUUCUGCUGGAGAACAGGUCCAAGUUCCUACAGGUCCACUCUUCCUCAGGACAUAAAUACGCACUGAAGGAAGCGCUCUGUGACCCAGCUGUAACUAGCCGUCUUUCUGACACUAAGGCAGCUGGUGAGGUCAAAGCCUUAGAUGACUUCUAUAAAAUGCUUCAGCAUGAGCCUGACCGGGCUUUUUAUGGCCUGAAACACGUGGAGAAGGCCAACGAAGCCAUGGCCAUUGAUACCCUGCUGAUCAGCGAUGAGCUUUUUCGGCACCAGGAUGUGGCCACACGUGCCCGAUACGUUAAAUUGGUAGACAGCGUUCGGGAGAACAUGGGCACAGUACGCAUUUUCUCCAGCCUCCAUGUGUCUGGAGAGCAGCUGGGCCAGCUGACAGGGGUGGCAGCUAUCCUGCGCUUUCCUGUUGCUGAGCUCUCUGACCAGGAAGAUGAAUCUAGCUCUGAAGAGGAUUGAUAACAGUGACUUCAUGCCACAGUUUCUUUUCCAUGUCAUGUUGAAAUGACGUUAAAGGUCCUCCUGACCUGAAUACUGCGUGCAGAUGUACCGUAACAUGUAAUUUAAAAGUUUUAAUAGGAAACAUAUACAUACAUAUAUAUAGCUUUACUCAGCACACUACUUGAUAUCUGAUGUAUGGUAAUAAUUAUUGUUAUGUUGUGCUGAACUGACUGAUUUUGCAGUUCUGGACCACCAGCAGUACAAGAAACUAAUUUGGCUCCCCAGUGCUGCUUAGUCUGAAAAAUUGAUAAAAAAAAUAGGAAAAAUUGAUGUUAGACUAUUUCUGUUCAAAUGCUUGAAAAAGUAUUGUGAAACAAAUGUAAACUUCUUGGAAGACAUGUCAAAACUGUGCUUGAUCUUCACAGGAGCUCCCUCUUCUUCGUAAGGUGUCAAAGGAAUUGGGUCAAUAUCAAAUAUUAGGGCUUUGUGUGGUGACGUAAGUCUAGCCAUUUAAAUAUUUCUGUGAAGGACUUCAAACAGUCUUUCAGCAACAAGACCCUUUAUAUUAACUGUUUCUUUGCUAACACAGUAGUAGAUGCAGGACAAAUGGUGACUCUCAGUGCACCCAUUUAGUUAUCUAACAGAAUGCUGUUACCUUGGAGAUUGUCCUGAAGACUAACAAGGUGUCAUUGACUGUAUUCUGCCAAAUUGGCCUUAUUUAGCACCCAAUUCUGAGAAGGUGUAGGAGAAACUUAGAAAAUCAGGACUUUAGUUUCCACAAGGAAUCUUUUGAUAGCAAGUAGUUUAGGUAACUUCAUAAUCUGAUAUUCUAUUUGCAUAUUUCUUUAAAAACAUAACAUAUAUGGUGAUACAGAAAUAAAGAUGGCAAAAUUAUAAAUCAAACUUCAACUUAAGAUAGUGGCGACUGUAAAAGUGAAAACUACUUUUUCAAUUAUUUGAUCAGCUCAAAGUACUGAGAGCCAGAAAGAGCUCUCUUGCUUCACUGGGCAGUAAAUCUUAGGUUGAGGAAGCAAAAAACACUUUCAGAUUCAGACAUAACCUGUGGUCGUAUUGUUUCAAACCCAGGUUUGAUGAUAUGGCUUGUGUGUGUAAAUCGGCAUUCCUUUUUUAAAUGUGAUGGAAGGUGAGAAGAGGAACCACAGAAUAAUUCUGUAAUAUGGAAAGUGUUGUAAGAGUAGAACAUUAAAAAAUAAAAUGACCAAAACUUCUAGUCUGGGUAGAAUAGUUUUAGGAAAAUCAUUUUAAAGGAUAGUCCCCUAUGUUAAGGGUGCCAAUCCUUUGGAUUUAAUACUAUCUAUUGGUAGCUGAAACAUCAAUCUAAACUUCUGAUAGAGAAGUACUUUUGGAUUAAAGCCAUCUCCCCUCUUCUACAUCAUCCACACAGUCUAAGAAAUUCUUAAAAAGAACUUGUAUUAGAGCUGUAACACCUCAAUUCUUCUUUUGUUGAAGAAAAACAAGCCCAUUAACACACUUGUUUACAGUCAGCUUGCACGUAAAUUGUGUUAUUUGAGCUUUACAUUUUUGUCUUGAAUGGUGUUGGGUGCCACAAGUCAUGGAAUGCUCAGAUAGGCUUUGUUUAGCAGUUAAGACUGCUUAAAUUAAGUUGUUUUUUUUUUCAAUUUGCCUAAGUUCAUUACACACUUUUUAGCCAGAAAGCACCUUGAUUCUUCUUAUAUCUAGUUUAAUGUUAAAAACAGGAAGCAGGGGAAAUAUUAAUUAUAGGCAGCAAAUGAGGGCCUUAAAUAAACUUGUAUCAAAAAAAGUCAUUCAUUUCUCCAAGCUUUUAUAACAUAGGAUGGUACAGUAGUAUAUUCCCUUUUUCUAAGUAAUGCCAGUUUGUUGCAGCUGAAUACAAAUGACAUACUCUAAUUUGUAGUGCACCAGAAAUUCUUAGUUUUUCUCAACAAACUCUCUGAGAGACAAUCACUGUUCUUUGGUUGUGAGAUGGAUUGCUUUUUCAUCAGAGCAGUUUGGUUCCAAUUAUUUAAUUGUAAAGCAGAAGUUAGGAAGAGUGUUUGCUGAUUACUACAUGAUUACAGUGGCGUUUUUGUGUUUUGUGCCUGUAGUUAUCAUCAAGGAAAAGAAGUAGCCAUUUUGUUGCAUUUUUGUUUCAUCUGCUAAGAAAAUGUGACAAUAGUGAUUCUUUGAAUUAUUUAUCCUUAGAAUUAAAAUUCUACAUUGGCUAAA